CAUGCCAGGUACGCCAAAAAUCGACAGAUCUAAGCAGAAUUGUCCAGUGAAACAAGGGCCCUGGGACAUACAGCUUAACAGGGCUACGGGAUCCUCAAUUCUUGCGUCAAAGAGAGAGAGAAAAAAGAACACUGUGUAGAAACUACAUCGUUUUCUACGAAUAGUCGGAAUAUCUGAAGACGGUUCCAGAGACUGCCCGUGUAGAUUCACCACAAGGUGCAAACCCCUGACGCUGAGGUUGUCGUUGGCGUGGAGACAGGGACAGAGACAGAAACAAAGACAAGAAAAGUCCGGAGACAAAAACUACGAGAAAAUUUUGGACAAAGUGAUAGAGGGGGGAAAAAGACGCGAAUCACGCCAAAAUCUAAUAGACAGAUAUACACACAACAAGGGACACGGGAGCAGAUAGGGGAGUCCAGUUGAACGAGCCCAAUGUCUGCGGAAGCUCUUCAUGCCUUGUUGACCACGAGGGCAGACUUGCUCAAGGAUGACACGCUGACGGAGAAAAAACGCGUUCCUUCAACGGGAUCAAGCGUCUCAGGGAGUGAAGGAAGCGUGGUGAUCACAAGAGAGAACGGUAAGCCGCAAGAUCAAAUGUUGAAAAUCAGAACCAAGAACCUGUCGCUUGACAACAACGAGGAGGAUGACUUCAACGACUAUGUGAUAGAGGAUCCUCUUCCGCCGCCCAAGGAGUUACAUCCAGACAAGCUCUAUGCGCUGUACGCCUUCAAAGGUGAUGAUCCAUCUCACUGCGAGCUUGAGAGGGACGAUGCGGUGGUUCUGUUAAACGACCAGGACUCAUAUUGGUGGCUUGUAAGGAAGGAGAAGGACUCUAGCAUCGGAUUUGCACCUGCUGAGUGCCUGGAGACAUACGACGAGAGGCUGGCAAGACUGAACUGUUGGAAAAAUGAAGAGAUGGAGAGAUCCUCCAAGGAGACGUUGCAGAUCUUCAUGGAUAGAUCGAUGGACAGGUCUAGAAAUAAAUCUGUGACAUUUUCUGAGGAAGUUACAGUUACUGAAAGAGAGCCAUACCCCGAAGAAGAAGAAGAACUAAGUGAUGCUUCAAUUGAUGAGCUCAUCUCUGUGAAAGAUGAUGGUCAUUUUGGAAUACUGCCGACAGAUUUGGAACGUGAUGAAGCGUUCAUCGAGACCAAUAGUGAUGCAUUGGGCUCAGACUUUGUUGUGCCCCCAUUGGUACUGAAGAAGAAUCAGAAUAAAAAAUUGAGUGACGGCUUUGACCCGGAAAUUGAAAGUCCUCUCUCACAACCACAAGCAUUUUUCAUCAACUCGAAUGGAUCGGGCUCAAUAGGUACAUAUUCCCCAUCCUCUUCAGAGAUGGAUUCGCCAGGAGAUACACCAAACUUGAAUAAAUACGCACGGAAAUCUGUGCCUGACAGUCCUGAAGACUAUGAAAGACGUGGUAACAUCCCACAGUCGAGGAGAACCAGGGAUAUUGCAAAGAGCAUGCAAAUGCUAGACGACCUGAUCAAUGAGGAAAUGGAAACCACCAGAGCGUCGGGGAGUUCAACCGAAGAGGAAGAAGACGUUACGAUCACCACGGACUACAACCACAACAGGCUAUCUCCACCUAUAGAGCUCAAAAAUACCAAAACCAAAAACCUCUCAAUGCUCACGAACUCAACGAAUUCUAACUCUAAUGUUAGUCUGGGAUGUACUCGGUCUGACAGCACUGCAAGCUCUUCAUUAGAAGUACUUCAGGUACCAAAAUUGCAUGAACAGGUACCGGAAACGAUACCUAUUAAUCCACAAGUUGAGGAGAUGUUCAGAUUACCGUUCGGCAAGAUGGAUGAACUAAGUCAAAAGCUGAAGGCAUUACAUAUGGAAUUAUCAUGAACUCUACGUUAUUUACUACAAGA